AAACAUAUGGACAUUUUAUUUUAUUUUUUAUUUAAAUGUGGCCAUUAUAUUUAUAUAUUACAUGGCACAAUUAAUUAAUUAAAUUAUUAAUAAUAAUUAAAAAAUAAUAAUAAUAAUGGCUAUUUCUAGAUUAAAAAAAUUAUUAUUAUUAUUAUGUUUGGCACUUAUUGUUGGACAUCUAACCCUAAUUGAUGCUAAAAAUAAUGCUAAAAAAGAUGCCACCGAUAGUGAUGCCGGUGCCGGUACCGGUGCCAGUGAUGGUAAAGGUGUAUCCAAGGAGGACCUGAAAAAACUAGCCGACGAAACAGCUAAAGUAUUGCAACAAAAAUAUGAAAAAGCAAAACAAAACAAAAAACCAUUGGACGGACAAAAAGGUAAAGUUAUGGAAGUAGUGGUGGAAACCAUACGUGAAAUGAAUCCGAUUAGACUACUAGCCAGGGUAGACCCCGAAGCCCUGUUGGUUGCCCAAGGGUUUAGUAUUGAAAAAAUCAAACCACCGACCAGUUAUUUUUCGAAAUUAUUUUGGCAAAAAAUGUCCGCAAAAACUCGACUAUCAAAUGAGGAACUGUCGAAAAAAUUGGGCGUCAAUAUUGAUGGUCAAACCGAUAAGGAUUUAGUAUCGUUGGGUAAACUGUUUCAAAUCGGUAAGACCCGUGACCUGCGUCUGGGCGACUAUUUUGCAUUUUUAGGACUCAAAUUGGAUUCAUAUGAGAAAAAAUAUGAUACACUUAUGAUUGAGACAUUACAAGUGCCGGUUGCCUUUAUCGAUGAUAUUGUUGAGGAAGGUUUCGGCAAAUAUCUGGAUGAUCUGAAAAAAUACAUAACCAAACAUGGAGGUGCCCUAAACUCGGCACUGUACGCUUUUACCCAGCUAACUGGCCGCGAUGUUGUCAAACUAAUGAAAGAUGCCAUACAUACUGUUAAACAUUAUAAGCCGAGUACUAAUACUAGUAGCGAUAUGUCCAGACAAUUGGAUAUAUAUAAAAAAGAGGGCGAAAAACAGGUUAGACUGUAUUAUAUAAAGGCAAUGGGCAAGGGUGGCCUAGUCUACCAGUAUACUACAAAAUUUUAUAAAACAGUUAAAGCAAUCAGAAAAUUUAUUCACCAUAUAAUCAAUAGGGAUAAGGUUUUAGAGUUUAUUGAUCUAAUUGGACACGCUUUAGGACCAACCGGCCGAUCGCUUAUGUAUAUCAUCUAUCAGCCGACGGCAACAUUGAUUCACCAGAUAUUCGGACCGAUGCUAUUGAUACCGAAGCUGAUGUUAGCCCCGGAUCACCCUAUUUGCGAAAAACUACUAGCAUUGCCACCUGUAAUAGUCCAGUCGACCGGCAAUAUGUUCAAACCGGUCCUAAUGGUUGUCGAACCGUUGAUUCGGUGGAAAUAUUUUCUGAUUACCGGUCACUACCAGAAAGCCCUGUCGUUGGGCUUGGAUUUGGCCGCCGCUUACGGUAUCAACAUAUGGGGCGGUGCCUACAAAGCCAAACAAAUAGGAGGUGCGCCGGACAACGAUAAAAAAUCGGCUAAACGAUCCAAACGUGAAACGGAAAUAAUGGUACCGAUUUGGGACCGUUAUAUUAAGGCCCGACACCCGAGAAAUCGUGAUUCAGAUCAGAAACUAGCCCAGGACUACCAGGGUGGACCACCCGUUGGGGGCUAUAAAUUGGGUGCCAAACUAGACGACACCAUAUCAACAAUGGAAGGCUCAGAUAUGAUGACCAGAUUGUUGGUAACACCGGAUUUCCUGCUGAAAGCUGGCGGUCCUAUCUAUAUGCCAUUGGCUGCCGUAUUGUCGCCAUUGUUUCGGUCAAUUAAUUUGGUAUUAUUUCAAAAAGGUGAUUUUGAUAAACGUGUUGAACAGGUACCCGGUAUUAUUAGAGGGGUGGGCCUAAUAGGACCCGUUGCCGAUGUUGUCGAAGCCAUGAUACCUGUUAUCAAAACUGCAUAUGCAAUCAAUAGAGGAAAAUUACAAUCAAGCGAUAUGUUUAUGAAACUACCGAUGCUUAUCAAAACAAUAACCAGUGGCGUACUGUUUGAAGUUGCAAAAUAUCCUAAUAAAAUGAUCAAAGCUUGCUUGACAUGGCUUGAAGGUAGUGGCGGACUAUUGGCAAUGUUACGGUUACAAUUAAAACACGAGCAACCAAGUAAUAUUAAAGGACACGCGGCACGCGCCCAUCAGGAAACACGGAAUAUUCAGGAAAAUUUCAUAUCCGAUCAAUUGGGCGAAUUUAUUGGGGGCUGGUAUCUCAACUAUGUCCAAGCCGUACAGGUUAUCGGUUCCCUAUACGGUGCCCUGUUUACCGGUAUACUGGGUCAUCUAGUGGAUCCGGUAAAAUAUUUGGAUACCGGGGUCAUCCUGAAAGCCCAACCCAUCAAACAUAUUGUCGAAUCGUUCGACGAUCUGUCACUGAUGUUGAGGGCGGCCAACGAUAGACAGGCACUGUUGACAACAUUGUUGGCCGGACACGACCCGCACGUGUUCUACAGUGUCGGCAUUAAGGCCGAAAAAUUGGCAGCACUGGGCGUACAUCCAGGUUUGAUGGCAGCCGGGGGUAAAAAACUACUGUGCCCCAAUCAACGAUCAAAACUUGAUGGUAAAAGUGCCACGGAUCUAGGCCUGGACGAUACAUAUCUGGCCAAAUUGGACUUGACCCAUCAAAAAUUUUUAGAGACUGGCCUACUGGAUGUCGAUCCGGUCAAACUGGCCACACAAGGCAUUGAUUUUCAUCAUUUAGUCAAUCUGGUUAUGCGGGGAUCGGUAGAUGACUAUACCAAACUGGUUAAUACCGGUUUGGAUAUACCGGCAAUGUUCAGGGCGGGUGUCAAUCCGGCACUGUUGUUGGCCGGCGGUAUCGGUGCACUACCGGCCGAUCUAUUGGCGAAACUAGGGGUGACUAACAAAGCUCAGCCUACCGACGAUGAUAUCCGAAAAUUGGGUAUUAAUCCAUUGAAACUUCAAGGAAAAAAUAUCGAUACAAAAAAAUUGAUGCAAUCGGGUAUUGAAGAGUAUGCAAAACGGGAACAGGAUUUCGGUUUACGUAUACAACAGUUGAUAACAUCAGUCUAUACGGGUCUGGACUAUAUUAAACUAUCGAAAGCGGGUAUCGAUCUGAAAAAAAUGGUCAGCGCUGGCGUACCGACAAAAUUGCUACUAAUCGGUGGAAUCAAAAAGCACUUGAAAGAUGAUAUAUCUCAGGCAUCGCUUAGUAAAGUAGGCAUUGAUGUCAAUAAACUGUUGGGCAUCGGUAUCAAUGUUAAUCUGGUUGCCGAUGUCGGGGCACUGGUACUCAGUCCCUAUAAUUUAGGACGUAUGGGUAUCUGUCCCAUGAGAGCAAUGAUGGGUAUGUUAUCAUUGAGCGGUUUGGACAGUAUGUGCGGCGGACUGACCGAUCCGGCCGGCAUUGUAUUCGGGUUUAUAUCUACUGUAACCAAACUAACCCAAACGUUUGCAUCGAAAAUACCUAAUGCUAAACAUGUACCAUAUGUGGGCAAUGUAUUGACGAAAAAAUCCGGUAAAUAUAAGGGUUGGUUCGGGUUUGUAUUGUAUAAGAUAUUAAAUGUCGACCAUCAUGGCGGCAUAUAUGGACUAUUGAAAAAAAUGUUUGGCAAUAGGAUGACCAAACAUGAAAUGCUAGUCCUAUUGGAUCCGAUUAGGAUUGUAUCGGAAUUAGCCGAUCCAUUGGGCAAAUCUAAAGUAAACCCUAUUAAACAUCAUUCGCGUAAAAAUCGGAAAAAUAAAUCUAAAAAAUCGGAUAAAAAACCGGAUAACUAACCGCCCGUUACUACUGAGGAUUCGUGAAUUGAUUUUUUAGGAGUUUUUUUUAGAUUAAAUAUAUUUAUUAUUU